UCUAAACAAUUUUACAUUUCAAAACUCAUGGGUCGCCAUUACCAUUACCAUUACCUUCUUUUACUUUUUAUUUCUCUGCUUAUAUAAGGACUUGGCCAUAUUUAUGUGAAUGGAAAUCUUUGAAACCUCAACUCUCUCUCUCUCUCUAUCUCUCAAAAAAAAAAAAAAAUGGACGACUUCUGGUCUUUGUGCUCUAGACAAAUGGACACUAAGAAGAGAGUGGAUUUGUCUUCUUGCUUUCUUGUAGAAGCCUCUGGUGAUUCUGAGGUUGGUCUUGAUCCUAAAGACCUUGCUGCUGCUCCUGAUGAUAAUGAUGAUGCAGAAUCUUGUAGCUGUGAUGUUUCAGAUUGCUAUUAUUAUUAUUCCUGUGUUGGUGAUAAUACCAAUAGCGGUGAAGUUGAAGAAGCAUCCGUUCAUGGUGUUACUGAUCAUAAUAAAGAGCAAUAUCAAGAACAUGAAGAUGAAGAUGAAGAUGAGGUUCAGAGUUAUCGCACAUGGGUUGAUGGGCAUAUUAAUGGAGUACAAGUGAAUAAGAAAUCAUGUGUUUCUGUAGAAUCGACUAGUGAACCGAUGAAUGAAAAGGAGAGGAACAGACUCUUUUGGGAAAGUUGCUUGGCAUCAUGAAGUCUGGCUUCUUCCUCUUUUUUUUCUUUCCCUUCAAUCAUUGGGUCACUAUUUUUAUUUCUUGUUAUUAUUGUUAUUCUUCACAGCUUCCUCUGGUUUGGUAUGGAGGAGGAGGGAUUAAACAUUCAAUUCUUGAAAGUAAAACAAUUGUACAUAUGAUAAUAUGGCACUCAACACUUCAGUUACUUUUAUUGGAAAUGUGUAUCUUUAAAUUUCAUGUA